GAGAUUUCCCUAAAGGCGCGCCCUUCUUGUCGCCUACGUCACUCUUUUUAAUAACUCCAAAACCAAUCAAUGAAAUGCCUGCUUCACGAUUAUUAUAUGAGCAACUAAUAAAUGCCUACCUACCUAGACACUUAAGGUAGGCAAUAUAUUAGAACAUGUAGUAACUACCUCCCAGGUAUAUAAGUGAAAGAUAGACUAACCUUAGGUAUACCUACUUACCUAUCACUCAAAUUACGACAAUAUCAACUAAAAACGAUGGCAAAUCUAAAGGACUACCGACUUCUCUCCUUCGACGUCUAUGGCACUUUGAUAGACUAUGAAACUGGUAUACUAUCAGCUCUGGAGCCCCUCCUCGCUUCCAAUAAUCGCACAGAUAUUCCCCGUCUUAAGGUGCUAGAGGCCUACCACGAGUGCGAAGUCAAGCAACAACAGGAAACCCCUACUAUGCCGUAUUCUCAGCUCCUCUCUACUAUACACCAUCAACUCGCCACUAAGCUAGGCCUAGCACCACCAACGGCCGAGGAGUCACGAGCUUUCGGCAAUUCGGUAGCUGACUGGCCAGCUUUCCCGGAUACUGUCGAUGCCCUUCGUCGACUAUCCAAACAUUAUAAACUAGUAGUCCUCUCCAAUAUCGACCGCGUCUCCUUUGGUCUAACCAACUCUGGCCCGUUACGUGCAUUCCCCUUUGAUCUCAUCAUCACGGCUCAGGACAUCGGCUCAUAUAAGCCAAAUCCUCAGAAUUUCGAGUAUAUGCUCAAAGAAGUCAAGGAAAAGUUCGGGGUCGACAAGGAGCAGGUCAUACAGACAGCACAGAGCCAGUUCCAUGACCAUCACCCUGCACGAGCCAUGGGAAUAAGAUCGGCUUGGAUUGUGAGACCAGGCGCCGUUAUGGGUAAUAGAGAGAAGGAAAUCUAUGACUGGAAGUUCAACACAUUAGGAGAUAUGGCUGAUGCACUUGAGGCCGAGUUGGGCGCUUCAUAAUCGGGUAUAGCUACUACUUGACUUCAUGAAUUAUAUAUAAGCUGGCUACGAAAAUUCUAGCAGUAUAUAUGAUUUACGUCCAGGUAUUUCGUUGACGUGAUACUCGAAUAUUCCUUCCCUCCCUCGUGCGAGUAUAUAGUCGUUCCCGAAUUAUCUAUAC